UCCAACAUGGCGGCUCAACCUACGGCUACCGGAAAAAAGAAACAGAAAAAGCAGAAGGGUGUGACCCUUCACCUAAACGAGUUUUUAGAUGAAGGGGAACCCGGCAUCAGCUUGGUCCUGCAGAACAAGGACUGGGCGGCAGAAAUGGAGAAUGAAGAGGGAAACGAUGACUAUUACGAUCCUUACGGCAGCUCCUCUAAGCCAGCGAUCAGCAGGACACAGCUGCCAAGUGCACCAAGAUCUGCUCGUCAGGGCGAGCUAUACGACGUUGAUAAACUGCCCUCUAAACCGCCAUACACAGCAUUUAUUGGGAACCUCCCUUACGAUGUCUGUGAUGACGAAAUUCAGUGCUUCUUCAAGAAUUUACCGGUGAAGUCUGUGCGUCUUCCCAAUGAUGGAGGGCGAUACAAAGGAUUUGGCUAUGCCGAGUUUGAAGACAAGGCGUCCCUUAUUGAGGCUUUAGGUUUCAAUGAUGAGAUGAUGCGAAACAGGAAGGUGCGUGUUGAUCUUGCUGAUCAGAACCAGCAGGGAGAUGAGCGUGGCAGCGGUCAAAAUAGUGGUGGUGAUCCGAAUAGGACAGAUGACUCUGAUUGGAGGAGAAAACCAGCAGACGAUGAGGGUAGUAGUCGAGGUGGCAGCAGCUAUGGCCGUGAUGAUCGAGAUCGGGGAUUCAGCAGAGAUGGUGACCGCGGUGGCUUCAGCAACCGAGACAGAGAUGGAGACGAUUCAAAAUGGAGGCGAGAUGGUGACAGUGACCGUGGUGGUUAUGAUCGUGAUGAUCGCAACGGUCCACGUAACCGUGAUGAUGAUAGACGCGAUAAUAGGCGGGGUUAUGGAGGCGAUAGAGAUCGCGGUUACGGAGGCGAUAGAGAUCGCGGUUAUGGAGGCGAUAGAGAUCGCGGUUAUGGAGGCGAUAGAGAUCGCGGUUAUGGCGGAGAUCGUGAUCGCGGUUAUGGAGGCGAUAGAGAUCGCGGGUAUGGAGGCGGACGUGAUGGUGGAGAUCGUGAUCGGGGAUACGGGGAACGAGAUCGGGGCUAUGGCGGUGGAAGAAGAGACGACCGAUAUGAUGACCGUGAUGGCGGAGGUCGUCGGCAGUUCGGUAGUGGCUUCCGAGGGGGUGGACGCGAUGAUAGGUAUAAUUCAGAGAGAUCAUACAAUGACAGAUAUAGUGAUAGGAGAGGGGGCGACAGUUCUAGAUAUUCCUCGGAUCGCAAUGAAGACCGAUAUCGUCGUAAUGACGAUGAUCGAGGUAAGCCUGACGAAGGUAGCCCUCCCACCGAACAAGACGAGGGUCCUAAGGAGAGGCCACGACUUAAUCUCAAGCCUCGUACUAAACCGAUUGAGGAGGUCAGCAAACCGGUCAGUAAAUCGGACGUUCCAAAAUCUUCCAUAUUUGGCAGCGCAAAACCAGUGGAUACGGCGCAGCGGGAACGGCAGAUUGAGGAGAGGUUACGUAGACAACAGGAGGAGGAGGAAGAGAAGGAAAAUAGAGAGAGAAAAAGAGAUCGUGAGAUGCAAUAUCGGGAUAUCCGAUUAACGGAAGGUCCCAGGUCACAUCGGUCAGAUAGAAGUGACGAAUCAACAGAGGAAAAACGUGAGUCUCGACGCGAAAGAAAGUCUAGUUCAGGUUCAGCGUCGGGGAAAGGUAUGAGGACAGUUGCGCCCCCACCCACGACGAGAAGAGACAGCGAUCGUGAGCAUCAUCCGAGACGCGAUAGUGAAAAAUCAAAUCAUUCAGACGUAUUUGAAGAUGAGAAGAAAAGCCCCGUGAAGCCGAUAUCACCGCGAUGUGAUGAGCCGCCACCAAAGUUAGUUCCUGCACCGCCCCCAAAGGAAAAUAUCUGGGAGCGGAGAAAGACUGAGCAAAAGCCAGCGGAUGCUCCGCCAAAAUCCAAUUCUCGUCCAGCAGAGGAGAGUAGGCAGGCCAAUAAUGAGCGUCCUCGGAAUGAUGAUCAUCGACAUGAUGAGCGCCGCACUCAGAAUGAUGACCGUCGCCGUGAUGACGAUCGUCGACGAGAUAAUUAUGAUCGCCGUGGUGAUGAUCGACGACAGGAUAAUGGCAAUCGCCGUGGUGACGAUCGCCGACGAGAUCAUGAUGAUCGUCGACAAGAACCUUCCAGUCAAAAGCCCAUAUCUCCUGAAGCUGCUCCACCUGUGAACGCCUGGUCUCGUGGGAAACCUAACAUCGAGGCCGACUCUUCAAAGGAGAAUUUCUGGGCAAAACGCUCCCAGGAACGUGUGGAUACUGAUGAUGGAGGACGUGGUGGUGGUCGCGGGGUGCCCCGUGGUGGACGUGGAGGGCGCGGGGGUUCCAGAGGGGGACGGGGUGGUGGCGCAGACAGAGGGGGAAGAAGGGAUGCGCGCCCAGUGCCCACAUCUCUUGAAGAUAUGCCUAAGCUGGAGGAAUCCAAAUCAAAGGAUUUUGCGGAUUCAAAUAAAUUCUCUCAUCUCGACGAAGACGUUGGCGCCGAAUAGACGAAUAGAUUCUGUACGGUGAUUGGUCAGAUUCAGAUCACAUGAUCUGCUGUAUACACUGAGUAUUACGCUGCAGAAUUGGUUGAAUUCGAGAUAUUUAAAAUUGACUGCUUCACCAGACUUGAUCUGGACAACCGAUCGGCGAUAUUGUCUGAAAUAUGGAAUUUAUGGUUACAACUGAAAUGCUCUGUUGUGCGCUUUAUGGUGCAUUGCUUUAUAUUCAAAUUGAUUGCAUAUUUGACAAUUCAGAGAAACAGUGUCGAUUGGGUUGUUUUUCACAUGCCCCCAGUGCCUUCCAACAGAAAUUGUCAUCGUGGUCUUUGAGAUCGUUUCCCGACUGGAGAGGGUCAAGGUAUCACACGUUGGGGAAAGUUGACUUAGCAAUGUUUCGAAUGUGUACAACGGGAGUGUUAUUAGUGUCAAGCUGGCAGAUCAAGGGCUGCUAUGCUGUCAACAGCAAUAUUUUGGUAUUCAGUAUUGUGGUAAAGAUUGACCUCAGCAGCUUGGCUUAACAAUCAUUCUGGUUUACCGUUCAAAACACUUGACACAUGUCGCCCAUUGUCUUUCAAGUUUGUGGAGAUUAGAGUUGUUUUGUUGAAAAAGUUAUCGCUUUUGUCCACAGACAGCAACUUUUGUAUUUUUGUUAAAAUUUGGAAGAUAUGACAUCUCUGGUCUUUUGGUUGAGAGUUAAAGAUAUAAAUAAGUAGGUAAAGUAAUGGCUUUAUGAAAGUUUCCAAGAGAAAUCAUACCAUGAGAAGUAUUUUCUCUGCGUUUGGCUCUCAAUCGUGCUGGUCUUGCCUUCUGGAAUCAAAAUAGUACGGUAUUUAAAACUGACUGAUGAUGAAGAUACCAGAUUGCAGUUUUUGUUGGUUGACACUGGGGCUUGAAAGAGAACGACACGGCCUCUGCACUUCAUUCAACACAAUCAUGAGAGAUUCAGAAAAUGUGAUGUAUUCCAUUGUGAAUGACCUUGAACCUGUCUAGGUUUUGAGUCUUGAUAGAUCACAUAUCGUCACAUUGUAAAUGAUUUGUGUGAAAUUUCCGAUUUGAUUGUUUGAUUGUAAUUGUCCUUGCCUCCAUUUUGGCUGUGGAUAUGUAUUCUUAAUUAUAAUAUUUAGGCAGUGCUGCACUGCGACCACUUAUCUGUUGGUGUUCGCUGUUUAAAAACUGACCACUGCUUUGAAAACUAUUUGCCAAUUUUCAGUGUUGACGAAUGAGGCACUUUCUGUUCAGUCGAGUGGCUACAAUGCUUCAUGAGCCGCCCCCCCCUUGAUUUUGGGUGAUGCAUAUGUGCUUACAUUCAAUUGUAGCGAGGGAUUAUGGAACAUACUGAAAGAAACGAAACAUAUUGGUAUCAACUAAUUGAAAAGGUUUCUCAAAUUCAAAACAAUAUCUACUACCUGUUUGUUGUUUCAAAUCUGUGGCCAGUUUCUAAGCCGUAUGUACACCAUAGUUUUGCAGUUUUGACUGUAUUUAUUGUUAGUAUAAUAAUAGCUUUUAGGAAGAUGGUGAAGUCAUUUCAUUCAAAAUGUAUUGUAAAGGCUGCCUGCUCUUAAACACUUAGCGAUAUUUUACGGACCUUUUUACACUUAGUUACAACUGUUUUAUUACGCUAAAAGAAUUUUUUUUAGAAAUCAUGCUAACAUGAUCAGAAAACCCAGGAAUCCCACUUUCAUUCUUCACCGUGGGCCUUACACAAAGCUGAACUUAAGGGUAGGCAGUUCUAAUGUCAGGGUGGGGAGGCCCUCAUUCGUUCAUAUGGGUGGGUGCAUGUUUUAAUGGGCAGGGCACUUGAAUGUGAGAGCCUUUCUGGGGGAUUUUUGAAUUCUGACAAGACCAUGAUGAGAGUGAACACCGGUCACCUUGUUGUGUCAGCUGUGUUUGCCCCUUCACACAUCCAGUAUACUUGAUUUAUCCAUCUAUUUCACCAGAGUCAUUCGUAACCUUGCCAUUUUCUGGUGGUCCUCGCUAGGGCCAUCUGUGCUGGAAUUUGGAAACUGGGACACCUUGACAUAUUAGAAAAAAGGUUCUGUGGAAUCGGCCUGUUAGUGUAUGAUGAGAUCUUUGACAGGCUGAUCAGCUGAUCAUUAUCCCAGACAGAGCCCUCAAGUCCUCAAUUAUUGGCACUUUAUUGUAAAUACUUAUAUCACAUCUCAGUUAUUUAGAACGAAAAAUUAAUUUUGAGAAUUUUAUUUGUCUAAAUCAUGUCAUGUGACCACUCUGUACAGAAAUGUGCACUUUCUGAUAGGUACUCCAUGUCAUGUGAUUUGUCAACAACAUGGUGUAGAACACCACAGAAUGCAGAGCUGUUAAUUAUUUGUUUUCAUUUUGUUUAAAAGGGAGAAGAUUUGGGCAAGUUUCAACUUGAUCCUCUGAACAAGUUCAUAUGAAUACAUAACUCAGUGUGAUUCUGACAGGAUUCAAGGUGGUGGUCGUUCUCCACCUCGAAUCCUGCAUUGUCACAGAGUGUAAGACAUGGAUUGUUCUGGACAUGAGCAUUGAAGUCAUUUCAUCUGGCUUGGCAAGCCACUCUUGUGCAUUUUGUAUUGGUCAUUGCAUUGAUGUACAGGUAAAUCUCUGAUGAAAUCAACUUGAUUGGAGACGAAGCCCUCCACCUAUUUCUCAUUUGUUAUAGGACUGUAGCAUUUAUGAAAACUUGUAAAUAACUUCAUAAAAUGGUUGGCUAUCACAAAGUUAA